GUACGACUAUGUUGUUUCGAAAAUAAUGUUUCUCAUUCCCAGUCGUCAAAGGAGUCACGAAGUAAAUACAACGAAGAGAGAAUCGCCACAGUUCAGAGAGCAAUACCAAGAUCCCGUAAGUCGGACUCGGACCUGAUGGGGAGCGCCAAGUAG